UUUCCACAUUUAAGUUGGGAUUUACGAUCUGAGCGGUCAAGUUGUGGUUCGACGAGCUGCGCUUGAAUGGCGGCGUUUGCGGUUCAGCUCGGUUCAGCUCGGUUCGGCAUGGUUAGGGGCAGCAGCUGUGGCUGUGGUCUGCCACUGGUCGCGUCCGUGGUGUGCAGACCCCGCAGUGUGCUUAAAACUGUUUCAUUAAAGUGCAAACUCAAUUAAUGUGUUCAAUUAAAGAGCAGUCUGUAGAAACCAUUCCCCCAAAAUCCCGCAAAACGAAGCAACCAUGGCAUUAGCUUAUGACUGGAAAAGCAACGACGGCUUUGAUGCCGACUUUGGCUGGAAUCGAUCCUUCUCCGAACCCGAUCUUUCUGUCAACCAGAAGCAGGGUGAUCUCAGACGGUUCACCAUCAAGCAUCCGCACGAGUACAUAGCCAUCGAUGAUCUAAAGUACUUUCGCCACCGCCAGCCCGACCAGUUACACACCCAGAGCAACGUCUGUCUCUACAAUAGCGUUGAGCCCGUACUGUCCUUCGGCUCGCUAAAGUCAGAGUACUGCCGGCAGUACCACAGCCACGGCAUUACCGGCCAAUCCAGCCAAAGGUCAUUGCUGAGGCGCGCGACAUCGCUGCAUCUGGAGGGAUUCAUGCAUCUGCUGACGGAAAGCCAGGAAAAAUAUCACUGGUACACCCCCGAAGAUCUGAAAUUUUUUCGUUGCUAUCCCGUCCGCAAUCCAGAGAACCUGCAGCUGGGCGGCGACGCCGAUGGCGAGAACAACUCCUCCUAUCUGAUGGCGCCCAUGGUGGACGCCGGCACAAAGAUACUGCCACGUGAAGUGUUCCUCGGGGAGGGCGAGGCAGCAUCCAGCAGGAAUCAGGUGCACAACAGCUUGGCCUCCGACAAGUUCAAGCGCGAUGUGGCCGCCCUGGAGCAGCAGAGAUGUCACCUACAGAUGCGCGCCCAGGCCGUGGACCAGCAGCCAGAACCGUCAGAGUACAAGCGACAGUUUGUCCAGCAGUUUCCGGAAAAAGCCCACUCCAUACCGCAGAUAAGUAACAUCAAGAUCCAAGCCGACUUUGUGGCUGUACCGGAGUACAAGGACAGCUUCAAGAUGUACGCCAACUACUCGAAGAGCGCGCCCAUCAAGAAGGACGAUAAUCUGCGCGUCUCCGGUUCGGAGCGGGGAAGCGAUAUCAGGACAGGACUGCCCGGCCAUGGCCACAGCCAUGCUCCCGAUGUGCCAGAGUAUCGCGACAAAUUCAUCGACCCACCCAAGCACAUGGCCAAAGAGAAAUCACUCAAGACGGACGAUCACCUGCGGCCUCGGGGCGAGUUCACCCGAGAGAUUCCAGAGUAUCACGAGAGCUUCCGAGACCCGCAAAUCACCGAGAUGCCCGAGCGGGGCAAGGCACGGGAGCCGUUUCUGCGCUUGAGGGGCAAAAUCGAAUUUAAUCCCGAGUAUCGAAACAAUUACCUGGAUUUUCCACGCUCCCGGCCAGUUGUACAUAAGCCGGCCUCCUCCUUCCGGCUGCCACACUCGGGCGUCCACAAAGUCCAGCCCAACGUCAGCAACGGCUCCUCCUCCGACAAGCACUAUCAGGAAGAUCCCGAGCCUGCCACCUGCACCACAGUGCCGCCAUCGGAGAUGGUCGCAACGCCAGAGUAUAGGCGGGCCCAGUAUAAUUAUCAGCUGCGUGAACGGCCUCGGGAAUACGACGUCGUGGGCAAUCUUCGCAAGAGUUCGGAAUCAUCGCUGGAAGUGCGUCUACCACAGCCGCUGCAGCUCAUCUCCCACAAGCGAAGGACUUCGCGCCAACGUCUGGUGAAGGAGCCGCAGCCAGUGACCUCCAGCUUUGAGGAUGUGGGUGGCAACGAGGCCAAGAAACCCGCUCGAUACGGCAGACGAUCUUCCGUAAUGCAAAAUGCGCUCAAUUGCCGCGAGAAAUCGUCAAUCGUCGAAGGCAAUCCCAAGUACGCCGCCGCGGGCUGUCGGCGGGCCAAACAUAAUAAUGGGAGCCAGAAGGAUCAGCAGGGAUCGGGAUCCUUUGUGGUGCUCGACGAGCCGGGCAAGCCUUCCAAUUGGAUGAAGAAGACCUGGUACGAUUCCUAGGCCCAGUAAUCGACACCUAAAUACGAGUAUUCUAUUUAUAAUCUCCCAAAUUCUAAAGAAAUAAAUACAAUUAAAUGAAAAAUUUAAGUGGUCUGCUUUUAGUCUGAUUUGGAAUGGGAAAUCUUUUGCGAUUCUGCAUAAGAACGUAAACAAACUGAGGCGUUCUCACCACAAAAAUGAAAAAAAUUAUCUAAUCUUGGUCCCAGCCCUACCCACUGAUAACCAUUACGAUGAGAGAGGCGGUUACUCAUAGUCUGCUUGGUGUCAGAACGCAUUUCACCAGCUAAAGACGUAAGGAACGAUUCGCUUCCGCACAAAAUCUAAGGGGAAUCCGCAUACUGUAGGUGACAUCAACAUUGCCAUGGAGGCGGGACUUGGUCAUGCAGCCAGUCCACCGCAACAUAUACUCGGCUACGCCAUACGGAGCCGCACACGCAUAUAUGUACUUCUCCUACAUAGUGCCCACUUGUCUGGCGCUGCUGGUGUACAUUGCACAGACUGCAUCCGAUUUGGCCCUCAGCUAGAAGCGGGGUAGCGACAUAUCUCCGACGACAUAUCUCCGCCGAUCCACAAACGACAUAUCUCCGCGGGAAAUUAUGUCGUUUUAAAGCGACAUACCUCCGCGCGGAGAUAUGUCGUCUCAAAACGUCAUAACUCCGCGCGGAGAUAUGUCGUUUGUGACACGGCGGAGAUAUGUCGUUUCGAAACGACUUAAGUCCGCCAGAAAAUAAUUAACUAAUUUCGCAUGUAAAAUACACUUAUAUUUUUUUGACAGCAUUUCAUUUUAUAACAUGAUUUUAUUGAAAUUAAAAAAUGUGCAAUAGUCCAAAUACACAGAAAUCAUAAUAGCAGUUUUCUUAAAUUUUGUCGUUCUUAACUUACACAAGUUAAUUAUAAAUAAAAACAUUGCGUAUGGCCUCUUCGACUUCUCGGUUGCAACUUGGA